CGCGGCGCACCAUCGAGAAAGGUAUCCCAGCGCUCCCUGCGGCGCCAGCCGGUGGCUAAGGGAGGGCGGCGCGGGGAGGACCCAGAGCCUGGACGGCGGCCGCUUGUUUUUCCUCUCCCGGCGCGCUAUGUGAGCGUGUGCGCUGCGCUGCGCCGUGCCGGCAAUUUCGCCUCUCUUCAGCUGUUUUGGGCGCUGCUGAAUCGUUGCUACGCCGUUUUGUCGGGCGCCCGCAAAAGCGCGCGUGUUUCUCGGGUGCGCGCGUGUGUUUGUGUGUGUCGUGCCGUGUGAUCGACGCCGCCAACGCAAAACCAUCGCACAAGGAGAAAGGGCUGUGUGUUUGUGAUUGUGCGCGACCUACUGCGUCCGGUCGCGUCGCCGUGAGGAGUGAAACACCGCGCGUGUGAAAUAAAUACGUGAGACAGUGACAGAACGUCGUUGGCGAGACAACGCUCGGGAUCUGCACCCUCAACAAACCGUUCACGCCGCAGCACUCGAUCCGAAAUCGGAGAUCGCGAGUGAAAGCGACACACGUCACGGGACGCCCCGCGCUUCCCGUCUGUCAUCCUGUGUCUCAGCGCGACGGGCUAGUUUAGACGACGACGUGGAGGAGGCGUCGUUGGUAGGAGGGCAAAAAAAGUUUUCCGAUCGCCGGGUCUUCCACAUGCCGGCAGUUUCGGAACCCGUGUUCCUCGCGCUCCUCGCGGCGUCCGAGCCGCCUGGCGCUGGUGCGUGAUCGAAAGUAAACCAGGCUCUGCUCCGAGGUCUCGACUUGACCGCCGGUCGGCAUGGCGACAGCGUCUUCGGUGGCCGCUGCCGCCGAUCACUCAACCGGCAGCGGCUACGUUUCCGUGUGGCUCCGGCCCCCCGAGCAACAGGCUGCUACCGGCCCCGCUGCGCGUGCUGCCCGGGCAGCCGGCGGCAAGUGGGCCCUGACCGCGACCCUGGGAACCGUGGCUCUCGCCUCGCUCCUUCCAGAAGUUGCACGUUGCCUGGUGUCCAGUUGCGUUCCUCUGUGGGCCAUACUGUGCGCGCACUACUGGUUCUGCCUGUGCACCCGCGGGACCUUCAAGGCCUCGGACGGCUUCGUGGUCGCCCUGUCUGGGAUCGUGGGCGACCUGUCGGCCGGAGGCGUGGCCGGACGUCUUCCGAGUCCCGCCGGACUCGUGGCUUCGACGGCGGUGUGGGCCGCGGUGUGUCUUUCGGCGUGCGCGGUGGCCGCGCCGCGGGCGUUGGGUGUCUUGCCGUCGCUGGCCGCGCUGCGGCUGGUGGCCCUGGUGACCCUCGUCGGUGGGUGGCCGUGUUGGGUGCGCGCUACCGUGGGUCACCUGUGCGGACUGUGCGGACUCCUGGCGGCUCGCUUCACCGAGGCGCAGCUCCGGGCGGGUCACGUGUCUUCGCUGGUGUCGCCCGACGGAAGGCUGCUGGCCGUGCGACGUCGUCGCACCGGUAGCUCGCCGGGACUUCACGGACUCGCCCCCAAGGGACGUCGCACGUCGCUGCCCGUGCUGGGACAGCGUCAGCAGUACUACGGGCCUGGGUACCAGAAUUUCAGAAGAGACAAAAAAAAUCGCACGUUCCUGGAUUCCGAAACCACUCGAAAUCAGUACUCUUCCGAGUAUCGAAGCGACAACUGUAUUCGACAGGGCUCCAGCUCUACCGUGGACGUCGCUCUGCUAGCGGAGGCCCACGGCCUGGUGACAGACAUGCUGCUGGACCCGAACCUCCCGCCGCACGUGGUGAGCGGGCUGCGCGCGCUGGCCACGCUCCUGUCGCCGCCGAGCCACGGGCCGCCCCAGCCGCGGCCCAGGCCCGGCGGCGCCUCGGUCUCGCUGGCCGAUUUCAACUGCGGCUCGGACACGGAGGAGAUCCCGUACACCGGAGAAAGACCGUCGGCCCUGCCCAAGCGGCUGCGCCGCAAUCUUCCUCCGGGCCUGCUCCGGCGCAUGUCGACGAGCACGUGGACGACGACAACCUCGGCGACGGGCAUGCCCACGCUGGAGCCAGAGCCCAGCCGAAAGAGGAGCACUAGUUUCAGGCACGCGGCAGCCGCCGCCGAGGGGUCCGCCGCCGCCCAGCACCAGGCAUUCCUGGCGAACCACGCAGCGGCGUCCAGCGGUUCGUCGGCUCGCGGCCCGGCGUCCGGCGCUCCGUCGUCGGUGCUGCAGCCGAAGGGCCGCUCGUUCUCGACGACGGCCAUCCCAUCGUCGGCGCUUUCCCGGCGAGGCGUGCGCGAGCGCAAGACGGUGUGCAGCCUCCACCCGCUGAGCCUGGCCGCCGGGACGACGCCCGGCGCGGCGGCGGGCGAGGCCGCCGCCUCGGCGGACCAGCAGCAGCAGCAGGCCACGUUGCCUUCGGUGCGCCGGCUGCACACGUCCGACUACGACUCCAGCAACGACUCGCCCAGCGGGUCGGACACCAACGACCCGGCGAGCGGGCCCAACGUGCUGGAGGGUGCACUGAGGUCGCCGCAGCAGGCGACGGCCGCGGUGGCAACGGCUACAACGGCAGCGACGACGGCGGGACCCGUUCGGUGCGGACUCUGCGGGGCUCGGGUGGGCGCGACGCUAGCGGCAAGGCCCCGCGAGAGACGCCUCGAGGACGCCACUGGUGCCAAAGGGGACGAGGACUCGGGAUCGGGGAACGAGGGGGACGUCGACCGCGACGAAGGGGGUGGCCUCUACGUGGGGGACACCCUCUUCCUGCCCGACGAAAUCGUCCGCGACCCACUGCUGGGCCGGAUAGCCGAGUGGGACUACCCUAUAUUUGAUCUCAACAGGCUAAAUCCGGACACCAUACUCAGCAAGAUGUGUUAUCGCGUAUUUUUAGAAGUUGGUCUGUUCGAUGCCUUCAAAAUCCCGGAGCCCGAGUUUCUCCAUUACUUCCACGCACUCGAGAGUGGUUAUAGAGAAAAACCAUAUCACAAUCGAAUGCACGCCGCGGACGUCCUCCACGGGGUGUACUACCUGACGUCGCAAGCCAUUCCUGGUUUUACACAAGUGGUGCCGGACACCACGGACUCACCGCUACACAAGACGGCCGGAAACUUCCUAGCAGAAGAAACUUAUGGCAUCAUGGGAGCCAACUUUCCGGCGUUAGAACUGAUGGCCCUCUAUACAGCAGCCGCCAUGCACGACUAUGACCAUCCUGGCAGGACGAACGCCUUUUUGGUCUCCACGUACGCACCACAGGCCGUAUUGUACAACGACAGGUCGGUGCUGGAGAACUACCAUGCAGCAUCUGCGUGGACGUUAUUCCUGUCCGAGUCCAAUUUUAAUUUCCUCGUACACUUGGACAAGGCGGAGUUCAAGCGGUUUCGCUUCCUCGUCAUUGAGUGCAUUCUCGCCACCGAUCUCAAGAGGCAUUUCGAGAUCCUUGCCGAAUUUAAUGCUAAGGCAAAUGACACAGAUGCCCCGGGGAUCGAUUGGAACAACGAGACUGACCGGCUGCUGGUCAUGGAGAUGGCCAUCAAGUUGGCCGACAUCAACGGGCCUUGCAAGAGGCAUGACAUCCACGUGCAGUGGACGUACAGGAUAGCCGAGGAAUUUUACGAGCAGGGCGACGAAGAAGCGACGCUGGGGAUGCAGGUGUCGCCGUUCAUGGACCGCUGCAACCCGCAGCUGGCGAAGCUGCAGGAGUCCUUCAUCAACCACCUCGUGGCUCCUCUGUGCAACGCAUACGGCGAAGCCGGCCUGCUGCCCGGCCACUGGGUCGAGGCGUCCGACAGUGAAGACGAAGGCGGCACUGACAAAACCGAUUCCCAAACCGGAAGAGAUACGGAAGAGGAAACGGAAGGGGAAACAUCUGCAAGCGAUGGCGGAGGUAUGCGAUUCUACAGUUUGAAGGCAAUAGCAUGGUGUGGUCGACCGUGGAAGAGGCCCAGUCAGCAGCUUCAGCCACGGAAGGUGAGCUGCCUCCAGACGCAGCACCUCCAGGACAACUACGAGCACUGGGUGAACAUCCUGAAAGAGGAGAACCGGCUCAAGGAACAGCAACAACAGCAGCAGCAGCAGGGCGCUGCCGCCGCCACCGCCGCGUCGUCGUCGACGUCUCCGAGGGCAGCCACGGCACCCGCGGCCGAGGACGACCAUGCCGCCUCGGAGGACGAGGACGACGACGGUGACGACGGGGAGUCGGACGACUGCGACGAUGACGACGACGACGAGGAGUCGCAAGCGGGUGUCGUCGGGGCCGACGUGGUGGUGGCAGCGGCGCCUUCGCCGCACCAAGACGAAAUGGAGACCAUCCAGGAGGUGGAGGAAGGCGCGCUCGGAGGCCAGGGCUCAACCAAGACGUCGCCAUGCUCAGGAAGCUGCUAGCAGUGCUGUGAGGACGCAGGGCGGUGCGAAGACGCUUGCUACCGUCGACGACGCUGUUGUUUCUGGUGCGUCACACCCACGUCCACUUCCGCCGUCACCGCUGAGCGCAGGACCAGCGACGCCCGGUCGCGAACAACGGUCUAGCUUCCCCACCCCCCUUCGACCGAGGAAGGUUCUCCCUGGAACAGACCGACCGCUGGGGCGCUCCGCGCCUGAGAACAACUCCCCCCACCCAACUGCCGCCGCCGAGAGGAUGGGCCCAGCGAGAAACAACAGCCUCUGGCGACAAUCAUCAUAUCAGGAGCAGGCCCUCGGUACACCGGACACACCACAGACAGACACACGUCUUCGCCGGUCUCGCCCCGAAGGCUCGCGCAUGCUGGCAGAAAGGCGCCGGCUGUCGCUCCGUCCGCUUGGCGCCUGAGUUCUUGCGGUGCGUGACGUCACAAUAGUUGAAGGGUUCCGCGAAAGUUUGGUCGCGGAUCGUGAGAAAUGACACUGCAGUAGCGAGCCGCGUCCUGGAAUGCCGGCUGUCGCUCCUAGCGCUUGGCGCCCUACGCUCUUGCCGUGCGUGACGUCACAAUCAGUGUGACGUCACAAUAGUUGGAGGGAUCCGCGAAAGUUCGUGGGGUCGUCGAUUGUACGAAUGACAGAGCAGUAAUGAGCCGCGUCCUGGAAUGCCGGCUGUCACUCCUUCCGCUUCCUCCCGCUUGGCGCUUGCGCUUUCGUAAUGCGUGACGUCAGCUUGAUGUCUCAAUUAGCGUGACGUCUCACUAGUUCAAAGGUUUUGCGAAAGUUCGUCUUGUCGCGAGUCGCGUGAAUGAUGCUGCAGUAAGCGGACGUGUCCUAGAAUUGCAAUUGACGCUUUGAAGCCAGCUCGGCGUUCUUGUCAUUGGGACUUGGACAGAAGCUCGUAAAGGACUUUACGCACAAAGUCCUUGUACUCGCAUGAUUCAGACAUCACCUUUCAGGGGGCAUUUUCGAGCUUGUUCUUGUUCCUUGUUCACGUGAGCCAGACAAAUGUUUACUGCUCCAGGUGACCUCGUUUUUUGUUCGUUUGUUUUCGAAAGGCAUGUGUCGCCCUUUGACACUUCAUUUGCAUUUCAGGGCAUGGCCAGUGUCUGCCAUUACGCCUUCACUCACGCGAACUUUUCAGACGUCCAUGGAGCUGUUUUUUGAAAAGAUGCCGCACAGGGCGUCCCGAAGAGCUUGAACUUUGUGCAUUUGUUCUGAGCAGAGUCACAUGAUAUUCCCCAAGGUCCAGGAUUCAUCUGCGCACUUGUCACAGCGCGCGAGGGUCAAUGCAAACUCGAACACUGUUCUUUGUGCGGUAUAUCAUAGCCCGAAUAUCAUCACCACGCCCGAAUGCCCUUGGCUUUCGGGCGUGAGCGCUCGGACCAGCACGCUUAUUUCGCGACCCGGGGCACCUUUCGGUAGAGUUACUCUAUAUACAGUAACUCUACCUGUCGGCAAUUGGAGGUGGCAUCUAUCGGCGGUUUGCAGAACGAGUGACAGUCGGCGCCUUUCCCGAAGCCUUCCUAGGACCAAAUGGCGCCUGGUGUGAAAACCAGUGCUCUGUACUGAACAGCUUUUUUUUCUUCUUCGCCGACGUGUCUUCUUACGUUCCUGUUUUCUUCCUCGGCAAUGAGCUUGGCGAGCAAACACUUCUUCCCCUGGUUGGCAGACGCUUGAACAUUACGCAGACAGGCAUCAUCGGCCGCUGCCAGACUUUUCUUUCUCUCUCUCAUAACCGAAAUGAGAGCCCACCACUAUGGCAUUGUGCUACCACUGUGGCAGAGACGAUUGCAAAAACAAUGCGAGAACGUCGUCACCCCCGCUGAGGGUGUCACUUGUGAAACGUAGAAAUCGAUAUUUAAAGCAGGCCGGCAAUGCGGACCCGGCGCGGCGGCUGGCACAGACUGGAGGCCGCCGCGCAUCUGCGAAAGUAGGCGUCGUGGAGGCUGCUCUCUGAGAAAACACACACACACACACAUUGGACAUAACCUACACAUCUCAUGUAAGCUUAAUGAUUGUGUUAGAUCACAUAUGAGCAUACGAAAUACCAUUUUCUUUAAAAUAUAGGGUUGAACGAUUCGAAACUGCACAGUGAAUUACGAGGGACGCCCUAAUGGGAGGCUCCGGCUUAAUUUCGGCUACGUGGGGUUUUUUAACAUGCGUAUUGCAUGGAUGCCAUAUCAUAUGCUUACAUAUGAUCAUGUGAUCAUAUAUAUUAGGGGGUACCGCGACCGACUGAAAAAAUCCCGUAUGCCCCACAUAUCCUGUAUCCAUAAUCCUAUGUAUUUUGAAAACAUGUAUGUUCCAAUAUAAACCCAUAUGGUCAGAUACGAUUAUGGUACGGGGCAUAUGGAUAUUUUUAAUGAGGUCGCGUUUGCGACGUAUCUCAGUCUUCUUUUCUUAUCGUCUAGGAGCAGAUAUUCGAGCUUGUGUAAUUUUCUCAUUGGUUUUAGCCUAUUCGCUACGAGAUGCUGUAAUGGAUGCUCAGGAUAAAUUUAAGUCAUCCAGCAUUACCUUGCCCACAUUUAAUUCUAACAACGCAAGUCAUUUUGCAUUCCACCUCUGUGGCAAUGCGGCCGUCGGGACUGGGAAUCGAACCAACGACCACGUGCGUAGUAGCACAACGCCGCAGCCAAUGAGCCGCCGGGUCGGGUCUGUGUCGCUUGCUGCGCUGUUGCAGGACCCCUGGUCUUACAACAUGAAAAUAAGGAAUUACCCGGCUUGAAGCUAUAUCUUGUAGUUUUCAGUUCUCAAUGUGGGGAAUGCGGCGAAGCGUUUUUUUUUUUUAUGGCAAUAUUACGUGCCCACGAAGCUUAUUUUCAUGCUAUCAGUGGGAGCUGUAAGUAACCCGAGUCGGAAGGGGUUGAUUUAGCAGGAGGUCUACUGUCUUUCCUUUUUUUUGUGUCUCACAGAAGCAAGUUUUAUCAUUUAGAGUAAAUGGCAUCGACGCGUCGUAAUGACCUUCCGUGGCUGUAAUCACACAGUAGAUUAGAGAAUGGGGGGAAAAAUGUGCGGGGGAGGGCUAUCGAUUUGCAAAUGAGUCCGACUUUUGCGUCAUAUAACGCAACGUUCUAUAUCGGCCACCUCCUCUAUAAUUUGUUUGCUGUCUGUAUUUCACUCACAGCUCGUAGCACACCAAGACUUAUUAUGCCGGGAUCAGCUAGUCAGUGAUACGCAUGUUCUAUAAGUGCGCCGACUUGCGCGCGUUAUCUGUGUUGUGCUAGGAAUCCUUUGAAGUGUGAACGUGGGGAAUUGCGGCAGUUUUGUCUGCUGGUAGGCAAAACUAUCUGACGAAUGUACUUGUUUCCAUUCUCGGUCUCUGUUUCAGAGUUUGGCAAUGUCUGUUCGUACCCAUGUGAUAACACCAUGCAGGCAUGCACCAGAGUGUUUUGUUAUUAGUAUUUUCAUUGCAGCAUAAAUGAAAAGCUGUUCACCUGUCAUCAUCUUGAGCGUCGCUUACAGCACAUCGCGGGUUUAUUCUAGUCUAUCAGUACACUACCUCUUGUUUCACGAAAGCAGCUCUACCAUCGUUAUGACUACUUUGUGUUUUUUUUGUUUUUUUUUGUUUUUAUGCUUCUCCUAGUCUUGUCAGCCGUCCUCAGUUUGUAGAUAGCAGUAGAAGUUUUCUCGUGUUCUUCUUUCUUUUUUUUAACUGGGGUUGCUUCUUUCGGUUCUAUCGUACUCAGUAGACGAAUUUUGAACGAGCUACCUUCUCUUUGUACAAAUUCUGAUUUAGUGUACACACAUAUAUGGACAACAAUAACUGUACACUUUCGUCGAAUUUAAUUAUGUGUCAAGCAAUGUCAUAUCUAGUUGUUCUCGUUUGCUAAUUUGUUUAAUUUUCUCAUACCCUGUUCGUGCAAGGGGUCUAGAGGAAGUGGCCUAGAGGUAAACCUUUUUAUCAUUUUUUUUUAUUCGGAAAAAGCACAGACCAGUAAAUAGAAGCUUGAAUAAAUGCUCGUUGGUUUUCUUACAUAAAAAGCAGCAGUGACCCAGCUCCUACUUUCCUCGAUAGUGUGGCCCAUUGCAAUGUGGAUAAAAACUGAACAGACAUUUUUCUUUAUCGCUGUCAUUUGGAUUUGGGUUUUUCUAUGAACUGAUAUUAACACACAAUCUCUGGCACAAUCCUUUUAUGGUGAUCAUCUCCACCAAAACUGUGCAUAUGUCGGUAUUAGUGGGGUUGCUGUCGAGAAAUUACCUCAACUAAUGUAAAGUUGGUGGAAAUUAAUUGACAAUAAUGACUCAGAUUAUCAGUCAUCACAGAACCGUUCCUAGUAAUUUCGCUAUUCUUUCGAAUUUACUUGGUGACCAUUCCUGCUAUGGAAGUUACCAUCUGCUUGGAGGCUUCAUUUAUUGUGUUUUUAUGCAACGAAACAUUGGAAGCUUUUAAUUGCAUGAAACACGCACCGACCACCUUUAGAGAUUUUCACGGAGUUCAAUUGCUUUUUGUUACCAUACCCAUGUAAACUUUUUUUUCAUUGUAAGAUUACUGAGCUCGUAUUUUCUACUUGAUUUUAAAGCUUUUAAAUGAUAGAUCCCAUCGUUUUCAUAUUGUUACAUCAUUUUUUGUGAAACGUUGUGUAUCUAAAGCUCAAAAAUUACACUGUAUUCUUUCUAUUGUGUCUGAAGUAAUCAAAUUUUUCACUUUAUGUGCAGUUCAGUGUUGUAGUAGUGUCAUCGAGGCAUUUCAAUUUAAGUUUAAGUACAAACAUUCAUUUACAUUAUUUAGGACUAACGAAGCAUACGUUCAGAACUUUUUAAUGGCUUGUGGAACACAAUGCUUUAUAGUGUUCCACAAUAAGGGCCAAUUACAACAAGCUCUUAAUCAUUUGCAUGUACUUCAUUUUGCAACAAGCGUGUAUUUAUGAAGGGUUCGUGGCAUUAUAUGUGGGACAGGUUUGCGUGUUCCAUAACACUCAUUUUAGUCAUCUUGUUUGACCAUCGUGUUUGUCCCUCCUAACAAAAAUUAUUGCUAUUUCGUUUACUUCGGAAGCAAGUCUUCAAGCGUCAUUUCGACAUGGUAUGGUGUAGAGCACGGUGUAAGAAGAUGGGCACUCCGACAGCGCGCCCACGCUGGGGCGAGAGAGCGGCCACUUCGUGUGACCGGAAGUGAGUGCCGCCGCUAGGGGGAGCACGUGUUCAGGAGGCCUUGGAGCAGCCGCACAAGAGUGGAUAAUUUACGACCUCCGUCAGCAUUGAAGCAGCCAUACCUAAAAAUAUGCAAUUUUUCGUUAUUCAGACGCCAAAUCCUGAGCAGGUAGAAGGUUUCAUGCCACUUACUGUCAAAAUACCGUCAUUUCCGACACGACAGAGACGCGUCGUCUGCUCGAGCAGACGGCGCGCUGCGCUUGCCGCUGCUAAGUAGCCGCUGCUCGCCGCGUCGGAGUCAAUCGGAAUGUCGGCAGAAAUAUAUAAGGACGUUCCUCCUACCAAAUAGAGUCAUUUUAAGCAGGCGAACGACAUAUAUGCGUCGAAAUAAAGCACCUCUGCCGCGCACGCCCAUAGAAGCGCCAGCAAAGCGAGCGAGAAAGUGGCCCCUAGAACAGGUGCUGCCCCUUGCGGCAGCGGCGUGCGUAAAGUCACUCUAAGUGGCCGCGCCUCGCGCCGCCGUCGGAUCACCUGCCUUCUUACACCGUGGUGUAGAGUGCAGUGCGCUUAAGUCGUUUCACCUUAUCGUCCCGUUUUCCUUUCGUUAACAAUGCUGUCACGUGUCGUGAGGCAGAUGAUAAAAAAUGCUCUUUGUAGGCUCAUUUCGACAAGCACUUUUGUGAAGUUCCGGGCGCUCAACUGUCUUUACUCUCUAGUUCCGUUUCCCGGUCGUUAGCAAAGCUGUCACAAGUCGUGAGGCAGGUACCGUAAAUGCUAUUUGUAUGCUGCAAGCACUCUUGCUUGCAGUCACUAUUCGCAUUAUUCGCAGUAAUAUACACGGUGCAAUAUGUACCAGCCGCUGAGUGACGAAUGUCUCGGGCGUAUUUGGCUAAUGGAUCGAGGCACAGAAAGGUUUACCGACGUUGGGGUAUAAGUGCCGCGUAAGGACGCUCUUUGCACUCUUGACAAUUCUGAUGACCCAGCAAGUGAGGUGAGCAAGUCGACUCAUCUUUCUAGCAUAUGCUUCUAAGUCUCUGCAAGAAGUGCAUCUCGCUGCGCUUAACCGGGUCAGCAUAGCUGUAUCGGAUAUAACGAAGUAACGCUGUAACGAAGUAUUGGAUAUAACGAAGCCAACUGAAAAUUUUCUAGUUGAUACUAGCUUGUAACGAAUAUACGCUCACAACUAAUAUCGCAUAUUCGGAGAUUUUCGUGUCAGAUAUGACUUCGUUAUAGCGAAGUUCUAACAUAUUGAGUUUUUCCAACUUGCCGCGUUACAAAAAUCUCAAUGCCGGUCGCCUCCGGUAAUUCAUUUUCGCAAGAGCUGAGCCUAUACGACGAGCACUAAACAAUCGAGCAUUCAUUCCUCCGCCGCCGACAAUCUCCGGCGCCAAUUGACUGGUUUGACUGUCAAAGACGACGGCGUAGCAGUCCGCACAUUGCCAGACAUUGAUCUAUUGAUCUCAAACUACACACUGAUUUUUUUUUCGACGUGAGAAGUCUACGGGAGUUCGCAGCUGGUACGGUUUCGUAGCUGUGUUUAAGCUAUCGUCAGCUAUAGUUAGAGCAACGCACUCACGUAAUGUUCUAGUGCUCUGCCACAUCAACUGAAAUCAUGUUGCUUGUUGAAGGUUUUGGGAGGUGCCAGUGGCCGCUCGAAGGAUCCAGUUUACUUUUCAUCUUUUUAUGUCGGUUGCAACUCGUUGAUUUUACAGUGCCUACUUUCACCGAAAACACACUAAACCAGAAUACUGUUCUAAACGUUCCUAAACGUUCACAUAGCGCUUUGAAUGAUUGUUCCCUCUCUUCCACUGUGCAAUUAACCGCUACAAACUUGAGUACUGGUUGCCCGAUAAUGGUCAUCCAAUACGUGAACUUAUCUUGUUGGAACUAGAUCGUGUUAUAAUGCGUUUUAAGGCUUACUAUGGCUUUGAUGUGGCCAGGUAUGUUUUGUCAGCAGGCUCGCUCUGCUCUUUUUUUUUUUUCUUCUUUUUUUUUGUUGUUAUUUCUCCGCAGCCGUUUUUCCAAGUGUGUCUUUGGCGUACAGGGUCCCUGCGUCUUUCGUUUUAUGGUGAUAUACUAGAAUACAGAUAUACUAGGAUAGUAAACGAGAUAAAUGAGCAGCCAAUGCAAAGAGAGGUAGCUGCGGUAUACAUAUACCAUAAAACUUAGCACCGCGCACGAACGCAAGCACUUUUGUGACACAUUUUUUUUUCUUCCUUCAUUCCCUGUCGACACCGCGUCGUGAAGCAGGAUGUGCACACUUUGGACCAGGAACUGUGGCGGCGUUGUUUGCUUGCUGGCCGAGCUGACAGGCGUUUUACCAACAGGCGUCAAUAUACGGCCGAAAUAGGGAGUUUUAGCGACCCUCCAAACCUAUUCUAGCAAAGUUUGGCCGCAGUGACGUGCUCUGUGCGAGACCAGCGCUACUACGCACGGACUGAACUAUCUUUAAACUCUUUUCACAUGACCCGUUGUGGCAAGCCUGCACACCUCGCGCUCUCUAAGCCUGUAGUUAUUAACAGUGAUGCUAACUCUGUAUAUCUUUAGUGUGUAAGCCUAGGAUUUUUGCCUGUUAGUUUUGACAGCCCAGGAAAUACGAAAUUCAUCUUUAUUUCCGUGUCAUAUGCUCACCGAUACUUGUUAAUUGUAACGUAUGUAUGCAUGUGUUGUGGGACCUGAUAAAAUAGGAACUCCAAGGUGGUUCAGUUUCAUUUGACAACAGAAAUUGCCGCGUAGACGUUACCGUUGCUUGUGUAAACAUGAGAGUAAUAGGCGGUAGGCGUAUUCGUAGUUUUGAGCUACAACCAUGUGGAUGCCAAAUUUCUCUUUAUUAAAUCUACCUCUGCCUUUCGGGUUACCACAUAAUUCACUUCGGUAAGAGUUGCUUACGGCAUAUAUUAGUGUCAUUGAAGGUUAGCUGAACCGGCUGAGACGUGACGCAUAUGGAAUGGUCACAGUUAUUUGAAGAAACCACAGGGAAAGAGUUCGGGGAUUCGCUUCUACAGACAUUAUGAGUGUCAUUCUAGGUAUACUUUACACUGGAGGUGUCGAACCUGCGCAAUCGUCUCACGUCAGCCCAUUUUCAUUCUCCUUUGUGUUCAAGUUUUUUUGCGACGCCUGACGCGGUACUUCGGACCAAGCGAACGCUUGAUAUCGUAUCCAUGUCGAUUAUUGUCAAGCUUGAAUGAAGGCUGCAUAGACAGUUCGAUCUGUCCUAUGUUAUGGCACAAACCGAAUCGCAAACCGAAAUUGCAAAGCGAAUAUAUUAGAGAGUUUUAGCCUGUCCGUAAUCGUAUCACAGCUUACAAGGUAUCGGAAUGACGCAGACGUGCGCAGCAACGCAGGUGGCGCCAACUCGGGACGCUGGCAUGAACUAGAGUACGAAAAACAAUAACUGAAUUGUAUGACAGGCUUCUACCGACCUGCUGGCGCAAUGUAUAGGCAUCAGUAAUCUUCAAUGCACAGAGGAUUUAUUUACCUUUUUUCUUCGCCGAGAACAUUAACACAACUCAAAAACCUUUGUGUUGAUGUAGAAGAAAUUGUCCACACAUGGCACUUCCAGCGCUGCUCAUCAAUCAUCAUCAUCUAUAGCAGAUGUAUGUAUACGGUGUUCUGGUAGUUGGUGACCUGUAGUACGCAUACGGGCAGGUAAAAUUAUCGUUUGGAGAGCUUUAGCAUAGCAGUUACAUGCUAGCGUAGACUUACGUAUGUCGGAAUAGAGGAGGACUCUGAACAGUAGCAGCACUGAUGACGACAUUUUACAAUGCAGUGGUCGCCCAUAGCUUGCUAGAAACAUACUCUUAUGUUAGCUCUUCUAUUCUUUUGUGGUCGUUAUGUCGUUGCCUACACAUUAGUGCCAGAUGACAGGGGGAAAACAAACGUUGCUGGGAAUGAACGUUCUUCGCGCAUUGGUUAAACACUGCAGUUUCGUAACGUUUCGUCACCAAUGCCGUGUCAACGUCUCCGUGUCCGCGUUCGUGCUAGUGCGACUCUGUUACGCUAAAGCUGCGCACCGCAAGACGUAUGCGAGAAGCUAGUGACUCCAUGUUUUGACGCUCUGUUCAACCACAGCGGGUUAUAAACGGUCCCCCGCUUCCGUUAUGCUGCAAUACUCUGUUGACCAAAAAAUAAUGCAAGAAGGUGAUAAUAACAUUAACCUUGUGACGGUCAUGUCGCCGCCGACGCGUUUACGCCACCAUACAAGUUGUAAAGAAUCCCACCAGUGGUCCCACCGAUUGGAACGAGUUCUUCUUGCUCUCGUUAUGCGAAACGUCACAAGAGGCCGCCACCGCCACUGCUCCUCACGUCCGCGUCCUCUGGUAUUUCGGUGUACUACGUCUAGUAUGUCUCCGUUAUAGCUUGAGCAUCGCAUACGAAAAACGCCUGCGUCCGUCAUGAAAGAGGUUUGUACAAAGCGUACGUUGCGUCAAGUAAGAGAGUGCACUGAAGGCCCCUGUCACGUCACGUACGCAAUCAUUUUCGUGUACCCAAGCAAAAGCUUCUAUCUUCUGCGAUAUGACAUUGCGGCUUUGGAAAGUGGCGUCGGUAGGUAAGGGUGAGAGUUAGCACGGAGCGUUGCCGGUCGAGAGUGAGGUUACUAAGCCUAACAUGAUAUGUAUAAUAAGGACUCGUUGCUUUCGCGCUGUUAUGGGUGGUACGCCGUGUGUUUGUCCCAGCUACAAACAGGGGCAGUACGCUGUCCGCUUACGCUUUUCGUCAGUGUGGUGGUGUGGCGUUCAAGCAGGCCAUACAAAGUUUGAGCGUUGUGUUCUGCUAGGUCUCUGCUAUCACGUUCCGUAGCCCGUUGCCAAGUGCUGCGUGCGUCUGUUCGUGUAAAGCGAUACGCAUGCGCUGUUGGCGAGUUGAAGCGACGGUUGUCCUAGGCGGAAUCAAAGGAUCACUGAAAAUAACAUCUUACAAUAGCAACACCACACGCAUUGCAUUCUAAGAGAAACCAAAGACUCAAGCUACGAUAAUAUUUCCUGUGCCGAAACGCCCCAUAUAACAAAUAUUUACUGACGUCGCACUGAGGUACCCGCUUUUUUUAGGCGCGAAAUUCUAAAUUGAGAAGUUUGGUCUUCGUUUUCUCAAGUAGUAAUCAAUUUUCGUCCGCAAGAUCAAUGGAGUUCAGUUUUGAAAGAAUGCUCUACCAGUUUAUUAACUUCAUUCAGUGUUACUGUUUGGGGUCAAUUUAGUCUGCGCAAUUCAUGUAGUGCACCGCAGUCGGAACCAUUUACUUAUUUCUGUUAAGUACUUUUUUUUUAGCUACAACGUACACCACCAUUUACGUUUGGACCAGGCAUUUCUAUAGACUGAAAGAGUUAUCAGCCUCUUCUUUCUUUCGUGUUAUCGCUGGCCUUUAAUCAUACACUGCGUAUAUAGGAACUAUGUCAAGCCACCGUGGUCUAUGUGCGGUUGUAUUAGCCGAUGUUUUUUUUUUUUCAGGUGCACAUAACAAGCACAAAUACACUACAUGUGACUAAUCCAUGAGUGACAUGAUCGGGAGGCAUUUGGGUACUGUAGUAAUAUGUAAUUAGCCAUCAUAGUCUGGGAUUAUAAUCGUAAGAGAGAUGAAUUGAAGUAUAAAAAACGUAUGCAGACUGCACGCAUUUGUUGAAGAGACACUUAAGACAUGUAGAUUGCGUACCAUCGUGUUAACACCGUCAAAGUUGAAGCUACGGUCGCGCUGGUAUUUUAUAUUCCCUCGUGCACUCGUCCGAAAGCGGAAUCGUGCGAAAUUUUGGCACCAUAUGAACUCUUAAACAUCUCUAGAGAUAAAAGGGAAAGCGCGUUGUUGUAUCUAGGAGCCUCUGAACAAAGCGUCAGCAUUUCUGAAAGUGUGCCCGAUAAAAAAAAAGAAAAAAAAAACUGCGCUAGCCAACGCAAUGCAAUGUUGUACAUUGCCACAAGUCAGUGUAGCCCACUGGCUUGAAUUGGCUAACUAUGGCUCGCCUUGCACAUUCAAGUGAGAGUGCCAUCGUUGUGACCAAGCAGGUUUAAAACUCCUUUAGCGCGACCGUCUCAUGCUGCCGAGAUGACGAAAUAAAAUCACGUGAUUAUUGUCGCGAGGCGUCGCGUUUUCCGUUUCUGUCAUUAGGUGUAUACCUUGUAAAAACACGACGAGCGGUCUGUUUAACGGCGCAUUAUGAUCAUGUUAAAUCUACCGUGGUCUGGUCAUUUUUAUCAAACGCGCGGCAUUCCGUCUGCAAGUUUUACGUGUGGUUCCCGAACAGCUUGCAUGUAUGUGCAAGUAUGACUGACCAUGACCACCUUCGUGAAAGAACACUUAUCCCUGGUUUCCGAAUCAAGAAUAACGAAAACUGUCGGUUUCGUUCUUCCUGCCUUCCACAGUCCCGAAUGAAGUGCGCCGGAUUUCUGCCAAUAUAGAAUUCGAUAAAUCUUUCUCGUAGCCCCCAAAAUCGGCAGCCGCACUGCGGAAAUCAUGAAAAUCGAAUAUAGCCUUGCCUCUCCGUCGAACUACCUUGCCAGUUCGGCCUUCUUUGUUUUACUCUCCACAGUGUAAUGCUCUAGGCAGUGUCUUGAACUAGGUUAGACAGUGAGGCACAUUCAGAUUACUCAAAUCAUGCCCACAACGCUGAAAGCUUGAAGGAUGGCAAAAGUUCGGUUUGGUAAGUUUGGUAAACACUUCGAGUUUACUACGCCUUGUUAAUAGAUUUUUUUUUCUUUUGAACACGCAGAGCAGAGCGUGGGCCGGGAUUUCGUAGCCAUACAAAAGCUAUUACAUUGUGCCACAUAGUCAAGCGUGACAAAUUCUCAUCCACUAAGCCCGCACUUGCGAGAUGCCAAAAAGAUUUUUAAAAAGCUGUAAAUGAAAUGGUUGAGAACAUGCCCUUAUGGGUGGAGACCGGCUGUUCUCCAUGGUGUGUUCGAAGGAAGAUGGGACUUGCAUGCAUUCACGCUUGUAUCCCCGAAGUAACUCUUGUCGGUUUUUGCCAACAACCUUUUUUUCAAAGAAAGGGCCAAUAAAUUUCGGUCUCAUGAGGCAGUAGGACUUUUCGGCAGUAGAACUUCGUGCAUUCUUUUUUUACGCCUUGUUUUUUUUUUUUUUUUUCAAGCUUCUAUAGUGCAUGCCCGUCCAGUAUGAAGGAGAACACCUUAAUUAAUUCAAGUAGACAGAUAUGGAAGUUCAAAUCGCACUUGCUGGUACAUGUUAUGUAGCUCCCUUGUUUGGGUAUGUGCCUCGUGAUACACUUCUUAUUUCAUGGCAAACCAUUUUAUAAGCGGGUGUUCCCCCUCGUAUUGGCCCACGCUGUAUGUAGACAGACCAAUAGAUGGCGCUUCCUUCGGACCACGUUGAGGUCCAAUUUCCUGUUUCGCCCGAAACCAAACAGAGCCGAGGCAUCAUUAUACACGUAUAAUACUCGCGCAUCUUCAAAUUUGUCAUUUUUAAUUGAGUGAUGCGGUCGUGUUCACAUUUGGAAAAACUUUCAGCAGAGUUACUUGUGCGGGUUCAUUCGCUUUCACUUGUGUUCACUUCUGAUUUUCGUAUUCCGUGUAUAAACACCAUUGAUCACACUGGCACACUAGAUCACUGUUCAACUAUCCAAGGAUAUAUAGCCGUGCACUGAUUACCUCGCUCAGUGAUCGUUCGUUCAUCCGUGAUGUGUGACUUCUUUUCCACUUAGGCGACGUGUGGAAGGAUGCUUCUGUAUAGACACAAUAUAGUUUUUGCUGUUGAGACAGGAUGCAGCUGUGACAUGGCCAUCAAACUUUUCGCAGUGUAUCAUUAUUCUUGUUUCGUUUCACUUCGUUCCUGGCGUAGCUUCACUAGUGAUACUAGCGCUUAUGCGUUACACAAAAACGUCAAGACCAUGUAGCAAUGACGUGGCGCAGUGGCAACGUUGUUCCUCUGGACUCCCAGGUGUUUUCAGUGACGUUUAGAAACCACGAGACCAAAAAGAAGAAGAAAAAAAAAACGUUUGUGGGACCCCCUUCACGUCUUUUUUUUUUUUCUUUCCUGCGGCCGAACGUUUCUAUUUCCGGCCGAAAGUAGUCCAUAUGACCACCCCCGGCACACAAGAGUCUUAGAUUUGCCGGGAACUUGGCUCGGAGUCUGUACAGCUACAUAAAACAUAGUGUUUAUUUUGUGUUUCUCUCUCGCUCUCUCUUAAACUUUCUCUUUGUCCACCUUCUUUCAUGAAAGUGUCACGUGCUUUUAACGAUGUCGCAAUGUGUUUCUCAGCUUCCACAAUCUGGUGGCGAGUGGUGAUUCUUGCCAAUUCCCGAGCUCCGCUGCUGUUGAGCUUCGGGCGCUGAAAACCCGCUUGGAUGAGUGAUGAUGAUAUUGGUGACGAUGAUGAUGAUGAUUAUGAAAUGUACUGCUCUUUUUCUUUCUUUUUUUUUUUCUUCGGCGAAGCGUUCGGAGUUGGGUGUUGGAAAGCUGCGACUCUUCUUCGAUGCACCUCUAGCCCUCGUUCAGGACUAGAGGUACUACGCGGUGGGCCACGCGCGAAUUUAUGACCUUUCGAUGACAAGUAUGUCAUGCUGCUAAGACAUUACCCAGAGCGAGAGAGAGGAAGAGAUGGGGAGAAAAAAAAGAGAACAUACAUCUGUCACACACCCUGCACGAUAUGUGGGUCCAUAGCUUUGUGUUUUGUUUUCCAUAGUGUUUUUUUUUUUUUUUUUUUUGCACCACCUCCGCAAAUGGCGAGGCUGGGCGAGACAACCUGUAAAUAAAAUGUUGAAAAGUAUAAGUUGACGCCGGUGCGGAAUUAAAAAGAGCUGAACCCUUGAAGAA